AUGCUUUUAGUUGUUGUACUUUCUCUUGCUAGCGUUCAAGGUAAGAUUGCCAAUUCCUAUGUUAUUGGAACUGGUGUUCAAGCCAAUCCGAAUCCCUGCUUUAUCUGCGACCAAUCUUCUGGGCAAUGGGGUGCUUGGGGUGAAUGGUCGGCGUGUUCUUCUGCAUAUGGAACUCCUGUCCAAAUGAGAACGCGAUCAUGCCCAACAAACAAUUGCCAAGGUGGAUCAUCGCAAGAAUCCAAACCAUGCGUCCUUUAUGAUCCACAACCAACCCAGCCGGAAUGGGGUGCAUGGGGAUCGUGGAGUCCAUGCAGUGCCACCUGCGGGUCCGGCACGACCACUCGCACGAGAGUUUGCAAUAAUUACUGUACCACUUGCCAAUGCAUCGGACAAGCUCAGGAAUCGAAACCAUGCAAUAGCCAGCCAUGCUGUUCGUGGUCUGCUUGGUCUUCCUGGUCUGCCUGCUCGGUGACCUGCGGAACUGGUGGAGCAAUUACUAGAACUAGACAAUGCAGCUGUGGAUCUGGAUGUCCUGGAUCGUCGAACGAACAAGAACCGUGCCCACAGCAACCGGCUUGCCCGUGCACAACAUGCCAACAACCACCAGAGCCUUGCAAUACUUGCAAUCAACCAGUUGUUAUUGUGACUCCAGCGCCAUGCACAACUUGCUAUCAGCCAGUUCCAACGUGCUCGACUUGUGGACCAGCUCAGCCAUUCUAUGACCCAUAUGAAAAUGGACGAAAGAAGAGAGCUAUUGAGGGAGCAAAGAACGCGACUCUGACCAACUAA